AUCCCAGAGCUGAAUAAAGACACGGUUCGUAUGAAAGACCCACAGAGGGUCGAAGAACUGAUCAUGUCAUUACAGAAUGGAGGGGAGACGAAAUUACAGGUCAUUUCUGAUUUUGACAUGACACUCAGCCGCUUCGGGUACAAUGGAGAAAGGUGUCCCACCUGCUAUAAUAUCAUUGACAACAGCAAGAUCAUUAGCGAGGACUGUAGGAAGAAGUUAAAGGAUCUUUAUAACAUCUACUACCCCCUUGAAAUUGACCCUCAUCGGACCAUUGAGGAGAAGUACCCGCUGAUGGUGGAAUGGUGGAGUAAAGCGCACACAUUGCUCUGUGAACAAAGGAUCGAGAAGCAAAAGCUCGCUCAGAUUGUGAAAGAGGCUCAGGCUAAGCUACGGGAUGGUUUUGAGAAUUUUUUUGACACUCUACACUACAAUGAGAUCCCUCUGUUCAUUUUCUCUGCUGGUAUUGGAGAUGUUCUGGAAGAGAUUAUCCGCCAGGCUGGAGUUUAUCAUCCCAAUAUUAAGGUGGUCUCAAACUACAUGGACUUUGAUGAUCAGGGUGUUCUUACUGGAUUUAAGGGCAAGCUUAUACACACAUACAACAAGAACAAUUCCGUCCUGAUAGACACUGAAUACUUUAAGCAGAUGAGCCACCGCACUAACAUCCUUCUUCUCGGAGAUACGCUGGGCGACCUCACAAUGGCCGACGGAGUCACAAAUUUGGAGAACAUUCUUAGGAUUGGCUACCUCAAUGACAAGGUGGAGGAGCUGAUGGAGCAGUUUCUGCAGUCCUAUGACAUAGUGCUGGUCAGAGAUGAGACACUGGAUGUGGCCAAUGGCAUUCUUCAUUUCAGUACCGCCAAGAACUAA